AUGAACGCCAUCUACAAACUGCGUACUGUUGCUAAAAAAAAGCGAGGAGAGGCGAUCUUGGGUACGGGUUCCACAGUGGCGUCCAUUCGGGCUUUCUGUGAGGCUAACAACAAAGUGCCAGACGAUGAGAAUCAACCGUACUGUUUGGCGUUUGAUAUCAAAAUCGGCAGUUCCUUCUACUUCGUAUUCUCGUGCACGAGGUUGCUGAGGGAAGGAACGAAGCACCAAACACUCACUUGUGAUUAUACAUCAGCACCCAGCUGGUUAGGGAUGCCACUGCUGGUGAUGGGAAGCCUCGAUUGGAGAGGCCACUUCAGACCGAUCGCCUUCGCAUUAACCAGCCAUCAAACCCAGGAUGAUGUCGCAUCCGUCUUCUGCUGCGUGGCGCGAUCGGCUGAGAAGAUACACGGUCCUUUCGUACCAAGCGUACUUGUCGCCGAUGCUGCGGAAUGUUUUACGAAUGCUUAUAAGCAG